AUGUCGACGCGCACCAACGGUUUCGCCCAGGGCACAGUGCUCAAAGUCGCUUACUCGAUGCUCGGUCUCACAAGCUCCGUCGUCCUCGCCAGAAUAGGUCUCAAUAUUGCCAAACCCAAACGGAUUACGGCGUCCGACUACUUUUGUUUUUGCCAGCUUCGCUUUCUACGUUGCAAAAGGGUGUAUGCUGUUGUGAAUGGAGAGAUUGCGCCGUACCCGGAGUUGGCACAUGAUGCGGCUGUUAUGACGAAGAUGGUAUUUGCUGCUUUCAACUUGUUUUGGGGGGUGUUGUGGGCGGUCAAGUGCUCGCUGUUGCUGCUUUAUCGGAGAUUGUUGGUCGGGUUGUCCAGGGGUUAUACUGUUGUGUGGUGGGGCAUCGUUGGCAUUUGUGUACUUACCUUCUUUGGAAACUACCACUUCUACUUCAAAUCGUGUGGCACUCCAUCUGGUUUUUGGACGGGAGGUUGUGGCGGGAAAGCUCGGCAUAAUGCUCAACUCUUCAGCCUGUAUUUUUCUUUUGUUGCAGAUACGUCUACGAAUUUAAUGAUCAUGGCUCUUCCAAUAUGGCUCACGUGGAGCCUUCAGAUGCCACGUAGGAAAAAGAUAUCAAUGCUAUGCUUGUUCGGAACAGGUUUUGUCUGCAUACUAUUCGCGUGUCUUCGUGUUGCUCAGGUAGCCGUGAACGCAUCCAAGCCUGAAGCGAUGGGCGCACCACUUGAUCCCACAUGGCUUGCUAUUUGGGGCAUGGUGGAAUGUUCAAUCGCCGUCAUCAUUGGGUGUUGUCCCGCAUUCGCAGUCUUAACAAAUUCAGGCCAUACCAAGACCUCCUAUGACUCCCAUGGCUAUCGAAGACAAGCAGAAAGCGAUACAAAUAAUAACCACGGUAGCAGGAUAGAACUAGGAACCAUCGGAAGCAGAGCGACGCGCGAUAUAACCAAGGCGGUCGGGCUGAAUACUAUAGACUUGCACUGGUUAUGUGCCCAAAACAGUCAGGAGGAAUUGAGAGUCAAACACGGUAGUAGUAUCAUGGUUUCAACCACUGUUACGCAAGAAUCUGUGGAUAAGUCCGAGAUAUGUUGA